AUGGCGGCUGCUUCGUGUCUCUCCUCGUUCGCCUCUGUCUCUCCUGUUCUCUCGCGUGCGUCUCCGCAGCGGCUGAACCAGGCUCAGCGGCAGAUGUCCACUCGCGCAGGUUUCUCCGCCCUUCGGGGCCUGUCGCAGCGUCCAAUCGAGCUCUGCUCACCGCCUUCCUCUUCCGCGCUCUCGUUCUAUUCCUCUUCUUCCUCCUCUUCUUCCUCCUCUUCUUCCGCGUCGUCGUUUGUGUCGUCGUCGCCGUCGUCUGCCUUGGCUUCUCUUUUCCGCAGCUUCCGGCGUGUCUCGCUGCAGACUCUAGCCGACCCGCCAUCGCCUCCUCCGAGCUCGCCUCCCUCCUGCGCGUCGCCUUCCGCGUCCCUGGCGUCGCCCCUGCGGCCUGCGGGCGUCGGCGGGGGGUCGCCGCCCCGCGCCCUCUGCGCGCCGCCGGCGCUCCCCUCGCCGGCGUUUGGGCCGCCUGCGGGGCUUUCGCUGCGCUUCUACCGGCACUGGUCGCGGCAUCGCGCGUUCGAGAAGCUCCGCCGCUUGCCCAACAAGGCGCUGCGCCGCGGGGCGUGCGCAGGCUCUCUCUUCACGCCGGCGACGCCGAGCCUCGGCGACGCGCCUUCUGUGCACGGGGACUUCUGCGUCGUUCCGCGCGCAGACGGUGGCUUCCAGCUGGUGCCGCCCUACCCGCCGCGGAUCAAUAAGACAAUCGAGCCCUAUCCGCCGUCGGCUGGGAACUACUACGAGCUGAACCGGCGCUACACACUCCAGUGGAAAAACGUCGAGUACCAGUACGUGCCCAAAAUGAUGCCCAGGCCCUGGGGACGCGGGGGGCCCUGGGGCGGAGACCUCGUUCGCGUCUUCCACCGACGAGGCGGCAAGAAGCGAAAGCACUGA